ACUUGAGCAACGUAAAUCAACACUUGUCUCCUCCCCCACUUGUGUUUAACCAAUUAUGGUCUCUAAAACACAAAUUGUAGCUCUUUUCCUUUGCUUCCUCACCUCCACCUCCUCCGUCACCUACGGCCAAAAGCGCCGCCCUCGCCGGCCUUGCAACCAUUUGGUGUUCUAUUUUCACGACAUACUUUUCAAAGGGGAUAAUUACAACAAUGCGACUGCUGCCAUAGUCGGGUCCCCGGCAUGGGGCAACAAGACUGCCAUGGCACAACCAUACAAUUUUGGUGACCUAGUUGUGUUCGACGAUCCCAUUACCUUAGACAACAAUUUGCACUCACCCCCAGUUGGUCGGGCACAAGGGACGUAUUUGUACGAUCAGAGAAUUAUAUACGGUGCAUGGCUCGGAUUCUCCUUCUUGUUCAAUUCUACUAAGCAUGUUGGAUCCUUGAACUUUGCUGGGGCUGAUCCAUUGAUGAACAAGACUAGGGAAAUAUCUGUCAUUGGUGGAACUGGUGACUUUUUCAUGGCUAGAGGGAUUGCCACUUUGAUGACUGAUGCUUUUGAAGGGGAUGUGUAUUUCAGGCUUCGCGUCGAUAUUAGUUUGUACGAAUGUUGGUGAGCAAUAUAGUUGUCUAUGAUAAGCAUAUUUCACUCGACAAUCUUAAUAAUAAGCAUGGUAUCUUUGUUCGAGAAAAACUUAAAAUUAGCUUUUUCGAAAAAAAAUUAUUAUAGUUUGUGCA